UGCAGGUGCUCCACUCUCCGACUCCGGACGGACUACCCCUCAGUCUUCAAUUGGUGCUUUUCACGACAAGAAGUCGACAAACCGCAAAAUCGCAAACAAGAUUGCAAAUAAAAAAUAAAAAAUAAAAAAUAAAUAUAUAAAUUAUGGCUGCUACCGAGGGAUCAGCUCGAAUUCAGUUCAAAACAUUGAAGGGAUUUCCGCCCAGCACCGAUGAUAAGCUGGAGACCCAGGCCUUCCUUAACGCCGCCAAGGAGAUAGUGACAGUCAUAGAGAGCUUCGGCAAACUCUUUACGCCAGUGAUCAGUGAUAUGAAUGGAAAUAUUAAUAAACUAACUAAAGCCUAUGGAGCGGAUGUCCUGAAAUACCAAUAUCUGGAGGAUCUGAUCGUGUUGAAUGUUAACGUUGAUGACUUUGCGGCCAAUGCCCUGUUGUGGCUGAAGCGAGGACUCCAACUCAUCUGCACCUUCUUCGAGAACAUCUACAACGACGCCCAGGGCAAGGAGGCCCUCAAGCAGCAUCUCCAAGAUGCCUACGAGCGCACCCUGAAGCCCUAUCACGGGUUCAUCGUCCAGAGCACCAUCAAGAUAAUUUAUAGCUGGGUGCCUACUCGCAGCCAGCUGCUGGGCCAGGGAUCCGCCCUCGAGGAGAACAUGACCGUGCUGGCCAGCUACCUACCCACGAUGCGCUCCCACCUGGACGCCAUCGAUGCACUGCUGAAGGCGCACAGCCUGGACGACGCCCGGAAAGUGUGACUGCUUAGUGUAGCUUAGCUUAAAUAGCUUAUACUACUUUAUUUUUAAUGUACGUGUGUGUCCAAUCCAAGUAAAUCCCAGAGCCUUA